CAACCCCGACCAGCCCCUGUUCUGCACCCGUGCACUUUUGCUUUUGAGGGGGGGCCCUUUCAAGAAUCCCAAGCAAAUCAAUCUCUCUCUGUCUCUCUCUCUGCCUCUCUCUCUCUCUCUCUACUGUGAUCAGCAAGCUCUUGGUGGUGGGGGCUAGGCUAGGCCACAUUUUGAAGUUUUGAAAAAUUCCCACUUCACUGUUUCUUUUGCUUUCUUUCCUUGUUCAUUUCCUCUCCAUUUUCACAUAUUUAUCUUCAAAAAAUGCCCUGAAUAUCGUCUCUCUAUCUCCACUGUACGGGAGAUCUACAAUCUUCCUAUUUCAGGAACUUCAUAUUGCUGCAACGGACAUGGGGGAUAACAUCUUGGUUCUUCACAUAGGCAUUUAGACCUUAAUGGGACUUACAAAAUUAAGAUAGCAAAAAUUGAAAGAGAGAUGAGACUCAAAGACUCCCACCAUUGAUCAGUCAAUGCAUCAUUACCAUUGCUGUCACCAGUGUUCAUCGCUCAUCUCCACUACCCUCCAUCGAUCAAAGCCAUCGACAGAUUUGAAAGAAAGGAUUGGAAUUUCUUGGAAGACAUCAAACAGGGAAUUGUAUAAUGGAGAAUUACGAAAUACUAGAGCAGAUUGGGAAAGGUUCCUUCGGUUCUGCGCUACUCGUGAGGCAUAAACAUGAAAAGAAGAAGUAUGUCCUCAAGAAAAUCCGCCUUGCUCGUCAGACUGAUAGAACCCGCAGAUCUGCCCACCUGGAGAUGGAGCUUAUUUCCAAAGUGCGAAAUCCAUACAUUGUGGAGUACAAGGAUUCCUGGGUAGAAAAGGGAUGCUAUGUCUGCAUUGUUAUAGGGUACUGUGAAGGAGGAGAUAUGGCGGAAGCUAUUAAAAGAGCCAAUGGUGUUCAUUUUCCUGAAGAGAAACUCUGUAAAUGGCUAGUUCAACUCCUGAUGGCAUUGGAUUACUUGCAUACACACCGUAUCCUUCAUCGUGAUGUCAAGUGUUCGAAUAUAUUUCUGACAAAAGAUCAGGACAUAUGCUUAGGUGAUUUUGGUCUUGCUAAGAUGUUGACUUCCGAUGAUCUUGCUUCCUCUGUGGUGGGAACUCCUAGUUAUAUGUGUCCUGAACUUCUCGCUGAUAUACCUUAUGGUUCAAAGUCAGAUAUCUGGUCUUUAGGAUGCUGCAUAUAUGAAAUGGCUGCCCACAAGGCUGCUUUUAAAGCUUUUGAUAUGCAAGCUCUUAUCAACAAAAUAAAUAAAUCAAUUGUGGCUCCACUACCGACCAUGUAUUCUGCUGCAUUCCAAGGGCUUAUUAAAAGUAUGUUACGCAAGAAUCCAGAACUUAGACCAAGUGCUGCAGAUUUGUUCAGGCAUCCACAUCUUCAACCAUACAUUCUGAAGAUCCAUCUCAAAUCUAAUAGCCCUAGACGGAAUACUUUACCAGCACAAUGGUCUGAUUCCAACACUACAAGAAAAACUAGACUUCUCAAGCCUGAAGCUGUUACCAAGCUUACAGACAGAGAGAGGCGACAAUCAUAUAGUAACGACAGGGCCUUGAAUCCUAGCAUAUCUGGAACUGAACUGGACUCUCCAUGUUCUUCUCAGAGAGCACGCCAUUGUCCAAGAUUUUUUAAUAAAAAGUUCUCAGAAUUAUCUAGUGGCAGUGUCCAUGAAGAUAUUGGUGUUGAAAUGUCAACAGCCACAAAGUUUUCAAGUGCUGCCAAGACCCCAAGAUUGACUCCAGCAAAAACGUUGGCAACUCCAAGGAGACAAAUAGCUCCUCCGAAGAUAUCAAACAUUGGUGAAAAUUGUGAUUCGGUUACUGUGACGCGUACUCCAGCAAGCAAACCUUUCCAACCAACUCGCAGAGCAUCUCUUCCAUUAUCAACUAGAGCUACAACAUUUGAAUCGCCUUAUAAUCGCAAUGGUGGUCUCCUGAGCAGUGUCAGAUCUCCAGACAUCUCUGUCAAUGCUCCGCGAAUUGACAGAGUGGUUGAAUUCCCCUUAGCCUCUUCUGAAGAACCCAUGUUUUCCAUCUGCAGACCUUCUUCAACAUCUGCUCAUUGCUGUACAACCUCACCAACAAGUGGUGACCGUUCAAUCACAAAAGACAAAUGCACAGUCCAGAUUCUAGACAGGACAUUUGCCAAGCCAUGCAAAGCUGAUGCUAAUCGUGUAGCUCCAAGAAGUGGAAGUGAAUGCUCAGAUCAGAAUCCAACAACUGUUGUUUCAAGCCGCUCAUCUUCUGAUUCUCGGCAGCGUCGGUUCGACACCUCAUCAUACCAACAACGUGCCGAGGCAUUAGAAGGAUUGCUCGAAUUCAGUGCACAGCUCUUGCAACAGGAAAGGUUUAAUGAGCUUGGAGUGUUACUGAAGCCAUUUGGACCCGGGAAGGUUUCUCCCAGGGAAACUGCUAUUUGGUUGACUAAGAGCUUCAAGGAAACUGUCAUCUAGCAGGAAACUAAAACCAUGUUCAGCACAGCCUCUGCGGAGAAUGUGUAAAUUAUAAAUCCCUCAUAUGACUGGUUACUGUAGGUUGGAAUCUCUUCUUCCCAUUAAUGGGAAAGUGUAUGCGAACUUUUUAAGUUCAUGAAAAAGUUGAAGAUUUUGAAUUUUCUUCCUGUUAUUGCAUCAUGCCCUUAUUUUCA